AUGAUUACGAAGAUGCAAUACUCAAUAGCUUUCACCGUUGCCGUUUUGGGAAGUUUGAUUACACUCGCUCGCUCUGCACCGACCGCAGCACUGGACGCUGCAACUCUUUUGCAAAACGGCCAGGAAGCCCAGAAACUCAAUAGCAUAUUUCAAAACCUGACGGCCACAGAUCCUUGCAGCGCUGGGGAAGUGGCCUGUGUUCAAAACUCCAUCUCGACCUGUGCCAAUGGCACUUGGGAUACGGCCCAGGGCCAAUGUGCAAAAACGCAAAGCUGCUUUGCCAUUCCAUCGGUCAGAGCAGGAGGAGUGUUGUUGACUUGCACAAGCGAGGCUAGCGCCGCGUCAGUCAUCGCCGCGACUGGAGCAACGGGUGGCAUUUUCGGAACGGACACGAAUGGGACAACCUGUAACAGCAACAGUGAUCCGAUUCCCAUCACUGGUGCAUCAUCUCUUCCUACCGGCGCUGGGUGUUCAGCUCCUACCUCAACCGCGUCCCGGUCCGGAACAGCGGUGACGCCGACUGUUACCGUUACACUCUUGCCCUCCGCCACCAUAACACUUGCGACUUUUACGACGACUCUCACCCCAGGAGAGGCGACCAGUCUUCUGUCAAGCAUUCUGGGUGGCGGAAGUCCUGCAACAUCCUCCGCUUCCAGCUCCUCUACAUCGUUGUCUGUAUCAUCCUCCGCUAGCACCACCUCUUCGUCCUCCUCGACCACCUCAGCGGCUUCUAGCGGUUCGCAGUCAAUCAUUCUUCUGACCGCUGCUACAGGUGCACCUUCAACGACAGCAUCGUCAGCGUCAGUGAGCUCAAGUGCUUCCUCCGCCAAUGUUGCCGCUGCUGCUAUCACCUCACCUCCGAGCUCCUCAGGUGGAUAUGGAUAUUGAAAAUGAGGGAAACUGGGUUUUCCCGCUAUUGCAAUGUUGAUUUAUGAAUUGUCCUCUACGAGCGCUAGUCGCAUCAUCAAUGUGUAUUGCUAGAUCCUGUUGUACCAGUCUUGUACAAAUAUUGUAAUUCCUGUUAAAUUGUCCUCUCC